AUGCCUUCCACGGCUGCAGCACAGUUUGGCCAGUCGCUUCGCGCUUCGACGCAUCUCACCUCUCGUCGGAUAGCUUUACUCUAUUAUGACUAUGCUCUCACUGUUGGUUUGGAAGUCAAGCACGUAUGGAGAGGAAAAUUCCGCAUCUCCACGAUCUUAUACUUCUGUUGUCGUUAUGCACUUAUUGCAAACGUUAUUUACUUGUUGGCAAUUGCCAAGAAGCUUACAACGAAGUACGUCAAUUUCUGGAGACGUGUUCCAUGUGUUGAAGGUAGUUUUAGUUGCGAUACCUGGUAUAAGUUCGUUGCUGCAAUCAGUUUAUUGGGCAGAGCAGCCGUUAUCUUUGCACUCGGAGCCAGAACAUAUGCUGUCUUCAACUGUAAUCGAUAUAUCCUUGCUUUGGUCUGUUUUAUAGGAGUGACAUGUAUAGGGCUUUCGAUUGUCCAUGUCCCUGGUGCUAAAUGUGUUGGUGCAAACGAUAAUGAAAAUGAUGCCAAUGCUGUCCUCACUGCAUUCUAUGAAUGUCUUGUUGCAGUCCUCACAGUAUAUCGAGCUGUCCAAGAGCACCGUGAGAAUGGAUCCUGGAGAAACAAGGAGAUAGGUCUUUAUUCUUUGAUUUUUGAGCAAGGUCUCAUAUAUUUCUGCAUUGUAUCAAUUUUCACGACCGCAACGAUCGUGCUCAAUUUUACACAACCGUCCGGGUCAUUUUUCCAACGCCUACUCAAUGCAUUAACGUUACCUUUAUCCUGCUUGUUGACUGCACGGUUUCUCCUCCAACUACGAGAAUGGCAAGAAGACAGGUCUAGAUCCAUUGUGACUACUUUCGGAGGGGUAAAUACGACUACUACAUUACCAACACCUAGCUUUGCACUUAACGUAGAUGCGAUUAUGAUGGAUGACUUUGGUAAUCACGACCAGCCUGUUUUGUCUGCACCGAGGACUGAACGUGAUACAACUCGUGUUCAACAAACUGAUAUGGAGGCAGGAGGACUCAAUGGUGUUAUACCAAGAUAG